CUGUGUUGGUUUCAGUGAGUUGCUAACACAGAGGAAUGAGAACCAUGUGGAAAGCAGCAGUGUCUGUGCUGCUGCUGCUGCUGCUAAACACGGAUAUGCAGGUGAAUGGAGCUGUAGAUAAGACGAGGGGAUCUGUGGCAGAAAACCCCAGGCCAGAGAGGAAGGUGAAGGCAGGAGAGGCUGAAGCCGCCAACACACUGUCUCCAACUGGCAUUGCUUCUGCAGGUUUCCUGGGCAACUUGCUGGUGGUACCCAUGGAUGGGAGUCACUGGGUGGGAGUGAAGGCAAUUGCCCAAGAAAUGGGUCGCCGUGGACACAGGGUCACCGUGGUGAUUCCAGAGAUCAGCAUACGCAUGGGUCCAGGAAAACACUACGACACUGUGACCUUUCCUGUUCCUUAUGACAUGGCUGUUAUUGAUAUUGUCAUGUCUAAAAACAAGGACGUGAUGAGAAAAUCUGCACAGUCUUUCACGGAGAAGAUAAGGACACGGUACUCACAAAUAAAGGAAAUUGUAGGAUAUAUCCACACCACUGCAGAGAGCCUGCUGUUCAAUGACAGUCUGAUCUCACAUCUGGCACAGCAGAACUUUGAUGCCAUCCUUACAGACCCCAUGAUUCCCACAGGCUCAUUAAUAGCUCGGAAAUUAGGUAUCCCCACUAUAAAUUUGCUGCGGGGAAUUCCAUGUUCCUUGGAUAUGAAGUCUGCAGGCUGCCCCUCCCCGCCUUCAUAUGUGCCCCGCUUCUUAACCAGAUACACAGAUAAAAUGAGCUUCAAGGAGAGAACUGUCAACACUAUGGUAGCUUUAUUUGAGCCGCUGCUAUGCCGACUGAUGUUCUGGUACUUUGAUCAAAUGGCCUAUCGGUUUCUGGGAGAGGAGGUGGGUGUAGCUGAAGUGCUGUCCGACUCUGCUAUCUGGCUGCUGAGAACCGACUUCACACUGGAGUUCCCACGCCCACUCAUGCCUAAUGUAGUAUUAGUUGGCGGAAUCAACUGCAACGUGAGAAAUCCUUUGCCUGAGGAUUUGGAGUCCUGGUUGUCAGGAGAACAUGGGUUUGUAGUGUUCACUCUGGGCACCAUGGUGUCAGAUAUGCCAGAAGAGACAACCUCCGUCUUCCUAGAAACCUUCCGACAGAUUCCACAGAAGGUAAUAUGGAGGUACACUGGGAAGGUACCUGACAGUGUCCCAGAGAAUGUGAAGUUGAUGGAAUGGGUGCCUCAGAAUGACCUGCUAGCACAUUCUGGAGCUCGGGCCUUCAUCACUCAUGCUGGCUCGCACAGCCUCUUUGAGGGACUGUGUCAUGGUGUUCCCAUGGUGAUGGUGCCAAUUGGGGGGGACCAGCCUGACAACGCAGAGAGGUUUGCAAGCAGAAAAGCCGGAGUGGUUUUGGAUAUUUCAAUGAUCACUACAGAAAUCCUUCUUCAGGGACUGAAUGAGGUCAUCAACAACACCAGCUAUAAAGAGAACAUUCAGAAGCUGUCAGCUCUCCAUAAAGACCGUCCAGUGGACCCACUCGACCUUUCAGUGUACUGGACAGAAUAUGUGAUGCGGCACAAAGGCGCAAAACAUCUCAGAUCUGCUGUCCAUGACCUCAACUGGCUCCAGUACUUCUGUCUGGAUGUAAUAGCACUACUGGCUACUGUAGUGCUGGUUUUCGUAAUACUCUCAGUAAAAUGCUUAAAAUUAUUCAUCAGGAAACUGAGCAGGAAGAGGAAGCUGGAUUGAACUGGUGCUACAUUUGUACCUUUGUCUCAGCAAUAACACUGUAUAUCAAGGAUGAU